GCUUGGCAAACGCAAACAGAUGGUCCUGCGUCUCCCACAGAGCGACAAUCGGGAUUGUGUCAUAUACGAUGAGGGGUUUGCUGCGCAUCAUUUUAAACAUUGUUUACAUGAUCAUAAUUUAAACUCAGUACAAGCCAGGAUGAUAGCACGUCUGUCUUUGUUCAAAACCAGCAACAACACGAUCAGCAGCACGGAAGAAUUUGUAUGCCCGAUCUGCCUGGAGAUUUUUCAGAAACCAGUUACGAUCAGCUGCGGACACACGUUCUGCAGUGGAUGCUUGGCACAGUGCAAGCAAGAUGACCCCAAGUGCCCACUGUGUCGUUCCAUGUUUGAUCCAAACAAGACAGCUCGUGCAAAAGAACUCACCAAGAGCAUCUCUACCCUUAAAGCACCUUGCUCUGGUUGCAGAAAAGUGCUGUCUCUAUCCAAGUUGCGUGCUCAUCACAGCACAUGCAUGGAGCAGCUAGAGGGAGCCACUGCUGCUGCUCCACCUGUGUACCGACCACCUUUUCGUGUGUGCAGACUGUCUGAGGAAACAAACAAGUUCACCUUUCCAUGCCCAUACUGUGAAGUGGACAAUUUAGAUUUGUCUGCUCUCAGGGACCACUGCAAUGCCAACCACUUUGAUGACCAGCAGUCCGUGGUAUGUCCAGUGUGUGCAUCAAUGCCAUGGGGAAACCCACAUCAGAAGUCUAUCAACUUUCUAAGUCAUCUCAACCUCAGACAUCGUUACGAGUAUGAUACUUACAGGCAGGACUUUGGAUUGACUGACGACGAUGCACUGCAGCAGGCACUGGAGGCAUCGCUUAAAGAAAAGUGAAGGCAUGCAUGUACAUCCCAAUGGGCUCAAAGGGCAUACACAGAGCCAACAUGUCAAUUUUGGACUUUGUUGUUAUUGCACCUCACAUCAACAGCAGUCACACCCAUUCAAAAAUUCAUCUGUGAUAAUGACUUGCCAAUCUAUUAGUCACACGUGCAAACUUUUUAAAUUUAACUUUGGGCUAGCACCCUAUUUCAACUGGGAAAAGUAAUGUCCUUCUUGCUGCACUGCCAUGCUAUAAGAGUAGCGCAGUUGUUUUCUUAAAGAUUCAUAAUGCAUAGUAGAAACAAUAGCACAAAAGGAAGGUAACAGUCCACGAGAUGGGGCAUGACCCUUAUUUGUUAUCCUGAAGACAAGGAAUAAUGUGCGUCAUCAGAUGUUUAAUGCUUUGGUAACCACAGUCAGUCAGCCCCCUGUGGAAAAGAAAACCAUUUGUUGUGCCAGUAUAAAUUUUUUUUUUUUUUUUAAUGUAUGUUUGGUAGUUGUACUGCUUUCAAGAUUCUCUUAGAAACAGGUACUUAUGCUCUUGGUUAGAUUCACAGCAUCUACCAUGUGUAUUCUGAAAAUAUUGUUGCUAUAGCUGCUGCUUUAGUAAGUAAGUACAUGCUGCAUUAUGGAAAACAAUUGUAUGUGAAGAGCUCCAAAGCAACACUUAAAGGCUUAUAAAGAGGCAGUCAUAAAGAAGAAUUUUGCUAGCUUUUUUGGGGGGGGGAGGGGGGGGAAUGGUUUGCACACAAUAUGCUAUCUCGUCAUCACUUGCCAUAUUGAGCGUACGUUCCUGGUCGAGAGUCUGCACAAAUGACUGGGUGAUGUGUGUAGUGGAUGGUUAAGCAGCAAAAUCUCCCAAAACGCUGGAAAUUCCAUAUUUUCCUUUGCGAUCACCACAAAUUUGGUAUAUCCCAUCCACAAAAGAAAGAAAACUUGUUUUAAUAAUGUAUUAACUCCAUGUUGCAGUAUAGCCGUCCCACAUCCCAACAUUUAAACCACUUUUUGCAAACUAGAUUGCCCUCAUUAAAUACUGAGCUUUACUAUCUGAAAGUCUUCGAACAGUACAUGAACAGAGUUCUGUGAAGGAAUAGCAAUGUUUUAGAAUGUUGAAGUGUGCACCCAUUCAUGUGCGAAAUGAUUCUGCCUUGUUGAACGGCCUGCUCAUUAGCUCAGGUUGAGCUUUCAGUAAUGCUUCCAUUUUGAUGUUUUCAAGCAGUUUUAGUCAUGUAGCACAUCAAAAGUACUUUUGAUUUAUGUAUUACACGGUGCUUUUAGUAUAGUACUCUGUUUUCCUAACUUGUAUCUUCCUUUACGCCUUUGUGUGCAAUGUUUGUGAAAAUGGUACUUGGAUGGAUAGCGUGCCGUAAGAAGUUUUGAGCAGGAAUACAGCAUAUAUCACCAUAAAGAUAGCAGUACCCAUGAGAUAAAAUGGGGACACCCGUCCUUUAACCUCAUACGUUAAGGUUGACAUUUUUCAUUACAAUGUAAAGUUAUGGCCAGCAUUGAAAUGUAAAGUUAAGGCCACCAAAGUGCCACCUAUGCUAUGUAGAAGUCAUUAGUUUCACGUUUCUGGGCAGAAAUGGCUUCAAAAGCGAUUCACGAGACACGUGGAAGAUUCUGACAGUUCAGCAGAAAUGCAGGAAAUCCAGCAAUCCAAAAUGUCACUUCCUUAGUGAUCAUGACGUGCGUCACACUGAGAACCACUGAAAUAAUGAGGCAACUGUGCUCAGUUUCAUGGACAACAUUAUCCAUACAGACUGUUGAAAAGUGCAUAACGAAGAGAGAACUGUGUGUGUACUGCAAUCUGCAUCGUCGUCGUCUACGCUGUUCAGCCAUGGCUGAAAGACAAAGUUACAGCGCACAUAAUUCACUGUGACUGAAGCUGCGUGAAGCAUGCUGACACAAAGCGCAUGGUUGUCUGUUACAUAUCUUUGUCCAUACUUUCUGUACAAAGGCCUUUGUGGAUAUUAAUGCAAAGUGUUCCCUACUACUACACAAGAAAUCAGCAUAUAUUCUGAUACAGUUUCAUUGCUUAACUCAUCCGUUACCAUGCUAGCAUGCUCUGUGGGCAUUGGCAGCAGUUGCACUACGAAAAAAAUGAAAUGGGGGUUCAGUGCUACCAAGUCUCCUCCGUUACAAAAGUGUCAUGUCACAGACUCUUCAGCUUCUUCAGCAAUUAACAGCCCAAUUUGUAGACCAGGGGUGUCGAACUAAUUCCAUGCAUACGGGUUGCAUGGCAUGCAUGACAUGGUUGUAUGGGUACAGGUAUGAGUUCAGUAAGCAGGUGGAAGAACCAAAAUAUAAAUGUAGGAAAAAUUUAGUGAAAACAUCUGAAAUAUGAAUUUUGAUAAGUUUAGUAGCAGAACAUAAUUCCUUUUUGUUUCGUUCAUUACAAAGUAGCAUUUAAAUGGUGCAAACAUAUUUCCUGCCUUGCUUUGUAAGAGCACGCUUGCGAUCAUGCUAAAAACUUUUCACACAGUUUUCUGCAGUCCACAGUCUUAGUUUCUUGACUGUGCGCACUUGAAAAUAUGUCUCAGUAGAGAUAUGUAAAAACUCUAUUGUGUUUCAUAACAUAGCAAACUGUGAUGAUGUCACUCUUCUUGUUUGCUAACAUUGCAAUGCAGAUGUGUUAAUUAAGUUGUUGAAAGUCAGAAGUGACAGACCAUGAGUUGCAAAUUGUAGGAAUUUUCCACAUUGAGCAAUUAACAUGAACUAGGAACCUGUACAGUACUACGGCAGGACAAUGCUUUGGCUGUGGACCACAGAAAUAUGCUUGACAUGCUGGGUGCACAGCAGGAUUAUUCAUUCAGUGCACAAUCAUGUCCAUUCUGCAAAAAAAGACCUAUUCCACUAUUUUACCACACAUCCUUCGGUAAUUUCCAACACAUUGUCGUAACUGUUGCCUCAAGUUGUGUCCCGCCAUUGGUAGCUGUGAAAUGUGAUAGCAAACCACUUCCAUAGUACUCUUGACAGAUUGUGUUGGCACAUUGCAAGGUACACUGGACGUUCUUCUUAUGUUGGGGGAGAUUGUAUUUAUAUUUAUGUACUUAAGUAUCUUAAACAUACAACCCGGUGCAUGUAGAAGCAACGGUGAUCCCCCCCCCCCCCCCCCACACACACACACACACACACCAGGGAUUUGGUGUGUCAGCACUUGAAGGUUGUUGUCAAGCAAUUGAGUAAUAUGCACAUGGCAUGACAUCUGUGGUUUUGCAACAGUGUAAGCACAACUUGAAAAGCGAUUGGAAAACCAUCAACAUUGUUGAAUUUAUUUUAUUAUAAUUGAAAUGCUGUAAUAAUGACCAUAUAUAAUAAUAACUCCAUAAUGACAACGACCAUAAAGCUGCUGCUGCUGCUACUGACCGCUACAGUCCUAUGCUACAGUCAGCCCUCAGGAAGGAGCCGAAUUGUUUCCGAAACAUAGGGAACCCCUUCUGGUGAAACUUUGAACCUUGGUUGGAGUUUCACAUUUCCCACGUAGUUUGACCCAACCAGACACACUUGUGUCAAAGAUGUUCAUGUUCAAUAAUGGUCAUUGUCUGAUUUACAACACUUUGUCCUUUGUGGACUACACGGGUAAUGCGACAAGCUCCGACUAGAUGGCACCAAGUGGUCCACAGAUUUGGCACUCGUGCUUGAAACUCAGGUUUUCGUCGCAUUAAAAGAAACCUCUUGAAUUGCUCUUAGCUGAACAUGCAAACGACUGAACUCCUGCAGAGAGAAACCUUGGCAGGCGCAUGUGAUUGGAUGAAUGCUGGAAGGCAAAAUUGCAUCAGAAGCAGAGUUCAAUCUCCUGCACUGCUUCCUUGUGGGAAUUGCACUGGUUAUUCCAUUCAUGGUACAUCAUAGGUGAAGUAGCUUGGAAUGGCUUGCAUAGCAUAUGUCACGUGUGAACUUUCAUUCCUUCUUUUUUGAUUGGCAACAGCUUUGCGUGCAACUGACUCUGAUACUAUGCUGCGCCCCAUCCUCCCAACAUGGAAUAGCAUAAGCCUGCAGUAACUGGGACCAGAUGUGGCAGCAGUAAUGAGCUUAGAUAGUAAGAUCACCACAUCAGCAUGUCGGGGAGAGCAGUUAUCCAGUAGGAAUUGUACCUGGACAUGUCGCAUGUACCUAGUACAUGUUGCAGGUACUUAACUGUGUUUCUGGUGUGCCGUAUCAUGUUUCUACAAGACGUUCCAAUUGUCCAAUGACUUUCGAAUACUGCUUGCUCACUUGUUUUGUGGAAGGCAAACAGUAGUUCCAUUUUGGAGUAGUGAAGAACAGUCUAGUUAGCAUGGAGGAGAGUGGCUGCAUCGUGUCGACCAUUCCUCUUUGCGUUCAUGCUAGACCACUGGACAAAAGUGAGAUGGAAAUUUCAAAGGGACUGACACCUUUCUGUUUCCAGCAUGAUUGUGAAUUUGGAAAGCCCAACACUGUGCAAAGCUACUUAUAUAUUUUUUUAGGGUUGUUUGUUGCAUACUGAAAAAGGAAUGGAAAUGAUCCCCAAGAGUAUGUGUACAUCUUGCAUUGCCCUUGCUGCCUGUUCACCUGACGGCACGGGAGCCAUCUAGUGCUUAAUAAAUAAAUUUUAGAAAAAGCUUUGUAAUUCAAGGGAGAGUCAAAAUAGAAAACUUGUUUUUGUAGAUUAAUGAACUGCAUCUUCCAACAAAUUUCUAAACCUUGCAUCAUGAUUACUCACAUAGUUAAUUCACACUUGUGUAUUGGCUCUCUGUCAGGUUGGGAAUAUUUUACGCACUUUUCGGCUCCUAGUGCUUUUACUCUGCUCCGCUCCUGGCGCUUUUCAGCUUCUGGGGCACUUAAUGCAUGAUGCUGCGCAGUAUGCGAAUUACACAUGCAUAUUCAAGCUUUCUGUGACGAAGCGUAGAGAAGACAUGGAAAUAAAUCUCUUACAUGUGGUUGAACAUCUUGUGUUGAACAGUUCUCGUGGCCACAUAUGGUUAUAGUUUGUAUAGCCUCAAAGCUUCAUUUUUUCCCCCCCUUGUGCCAGUUCAUAAGAAGCCUGUGGAGUGCUGUACCAGCAUAGCGAUGAUACCAGGACUGGCAACUGCUACACAUGUGGGUGUUUUAAAGUCCUUGAUGAAGAAUAUUCAUGACUUGUGUUGUAGGUGGAACAUAAACUUGGUUGUGGAUAUCAAGGCUUGGAACUACAGUUCCCACAAAAUUAUUGCAAAAAGCUUAAAGAAAAUUUUUUUUGGGCACGUUGUUGCAGAGGAGACAACCUCGUAUGGCAAGGUCUUUUGAGUAACUGUGACAUGACCACAUUCUGGAGAUGGUGACUCGGAUGAUGUAGAAUAAGAGAGUAGUGCAGUGCAUAUGCAUCUUGUAUUACGGCCUUAUUAUUAUUAUUUUUUUAAUGCAAAUGAUAUUCACCUCUAUGGCACUAUGUUUUCUUUUGGUGAACGUGUGUAAAAAAUGCAAGUAAACACAGUACUAAAAGUUCCAUGUAUAACAGGCAAAAGGUCAGGCCAUACCAAUAUGGUCAUUGUUUUUGGACUUGAGUGAAUUUGUUGCACAACUUUGCAAUGUUACAGAAAACAUCAAAAAGCAAACACAGUUCUUGAUAGUGCCCCUGAAUAAUGACCAUGCAUUGUUUUUUUUUUUUUUUUUUCAACACUGUGUUAAAAAGCAAAUGAAAGAACACUGAAAUGCUACAAAGUGGAUCACAGGCAUGAUGACUGCUGAUGUUCACAGCACAUGCUGUUUUAGUUGGACCAAGUUGAAUUUGCAGGUGAAGCACUAUUCCUCUGGUGCUAAGCGUUUUCUUGUUCGAAAAAGUAUUUUUUGUUUGGGUUUGGCUAUGUGUACCUUCAAAUUUUCACUGAGAAUGGUAUAAUCUGAUAUUUCUAUAUUGGUGCCUUGAAUGAUAACCAGUGAUGUUAAUAGUUGAAAGUAAAUUGAAGCUAAUAGUUAGUAUGCACAUUUACAAACUUGAUGCAUAAACAAUCCUUUUCAAAUGUGCAUCCUGUGGCAGGGUGGGCUUUAAAUUGGGCACAUUGAAGACUAGAUUGUCAGGCCACAAAUUACAAACACAUAAUGUAAUGGCAUAGUGUGGCUUUGCAAACCAUGUGGAACCUCUUUGACAACUUUUUCUCUUUACAGUAUGUUUUAAGCAUCUUUAAUGGGCACCUAAGCACAAAGCAAUCACACUGUCAAAUUACAUUAUCCCUUUUUAUAUCAGUCAUAUAAUGCCUCAUAUUAAUGCUUUUUUUACCAUGGGCUUAAGGUAUGACUUCCCGGCUAACCAACUAAACUAAGUGUAUAGGACACUUGCGCACAUGGCGGCACUAUCAGCACCCUGCCAAGCACAUGCUAAAUUAAGUUGCACUUACCCUCAUUAUUGUUUUAUGAUUUUGUUUAUUCCAUGUUAUUCCUUCAAUUUCCAUUGUGGCUUUUACAAAUGGGUGCAAAGUUCAUCUCAAAUUGGAGCUGCCAAAAAACAGGGCCAAAGACAGAAGCAAAGACAUAGCAGUUGCUACUAUGUCCUGCUGUUGUCGCCCGUUUUUUGUCAGCACCCAUGCAAGGUGACUCGAAACAUAAAUGUAUGCAGUGGUUCGACCUAACCGUAAAUGUUUCCACACAACAAUGGACACAGGAAGCCUAGUCUGUGUGCUUUGUUGCAACAUCAAAUCAAUCAGAUUGAAAUCGCCCACGUGGUUGUGUUAGUCGCAUCGCUCGCUUGGUUGUUUUCUUUGUCUUAUGCCUGUAGCUUUUGUGGUAAACAUUGAAGUCUGUAUUGAUAUGUGCUGAUAUGCUAAUAGCAUUUUACAUCUACUUCAAACAUACUUUAUGUACAAGUCUUCCUAGAUGACACACUUAAGAAUCUUUUGUAUGUUUGUAUGUUAUUUGUAAAUAUGCACCUGUUUCUGAAUUAAACAUGUAAAGAGAAUGUUCGA